AUGUCUCAAGCCCUCACAAAAUCUCCUAAACACUGUGGCAAUAAGCAAGGACUGAACAUUGGAAAGCUCUACAAGAAGCUAUUCCUGGUAUUCUCUACACUUUCCACCACAAUUCUGUCUAUCAUAUUACUUGUUUGGCUUAUCCUGCACCCCACCAAACCAGAGUUCUCACUCAAAGAAGCCGAUAUCUACCAGCUCAACCUCUCAGGCAGCCACCUUCUCAACUCAUCUGUUCAGCUCACUCUGCUUUCCAAGAACCCAAACCAGAAAGUUGGGAUUUACUACGACGAGCUUAAAGUGUAUGCUGCAUACAAGGGUCAACAAAUCACUGUUUACACUUCUCUUCCUCCCUUCUACCAAGGACAUGAAGACAGCAAUGUCUUGACAGCUUCUUUGGUAGGAACGGGUCUGCCUGUGGCUCCCUCCUUUGGUUAUGAAGUGGGGCGUGACCAAACAGCUGGUAGACUGGUUUUAAACCUCAAAGUGAUCGGGAGGCUUCGAUGGAAGGUCGGGACUUGGGUCUCCGGGAAGUACAGAGUGAACGUGGACUGUCUUGCUGUCAUGGCUUUUGGUCCUUCUAUCCCAACUGGUCCACUCACUUCAAGGCAAGGAACUCAGUGUUCUACCACCGUCUGA